AUGCCUGUCUGUGGCUGCCACAGCCCCUCCCACCCUCAGGAAAGGCGAGCGUCCCCCACGCCCCUGCCCCCCCAGGAGGUGAGAUGUCCUCCCCGGCGCCGUGCGGCCCUCUCCUCCCUGUCCCUGUCCCUCCUGGGCCUCCUGCUGUGCAUGUUCCCACCUGCCCCCCGCCUGUCACUCUCGCAGAGACAAGGGCGGGGGCGUGGCACACUACAUCCCCAUGGCCCAGCCCCCCACCACCAGGUGCUGCCCAAGCUGGUGCAGGGCCUCAGCAUCGCUGUGGUGCUGGUGGGCAACUCUAGCGAGGUGGCGUUGGCGGGCGCCCGGGAGAAGGACGACUUCCUGCACAUGCCGCUGGCGCCCAACGUGGAGGUGCUCACCAUGAAUGAGACGGAUCCCAAGAGCAUCAUCAAGAGCAUCUGUGACCUGAUGACAGAGCACUGGCUGCAGGGCGUGGUGUUCGGGGACGAUACGGAUCAGGAGGCUAUAGCCCAGAUCCUGGACUUCAUCUCCGCACAGACACACAUCCCCAUCCUGGGGGUCCGCGGUGGCUCCUCCAUGAUCAUGGCUGCCAAGGAUGACAACUCUAUGUUCUUCCAGUUCGGCCCGUCCAUCGAGCAGCAGGCCUCGGUCAUGCUCAACAUCAUGGAGGAGUACGACUGGUACAUCUUCUCCAUCGUCACCACAUACUACCCCGGAUACCUGGACUUUGUCACCAAGAUCCGGAGCACCAUAGAGAACAGCUUUGUGGGCUGGGAGCUGGAGGAGGUUCUGCUGCUCGACAUGUCAGUGGACGAUGGAGACUCUAAGAUCCAGAACCAGCUGAAGAAGCUGCAGAGCCCUGUCAUCCUGCUGUACUGCACUAAGGAGGAGGCCAACACCAUCUUCGAAGUGGCCCACUCCGUAGGGAUCACGGGCUACGGCUACACCUGGAUCGUCCCCUCGCUGGUGGCUGGGGACGCUGAAGUGAUCCCUGCCGAGUUCCCUACAGGUUUAAUCUCUGUGUCGUAUGACGAGUGGGACUACGGCCUGGAGGCCCGCGUGCGUGAUGGGGUGGCCGUCAUCGCCAUGGCAACCUCCACCAUGAUGCUGGACAGAGGGGCACACACCCUGAUGAAGUCUGAGUGCCACGGCGCCACAGACAAGAAAGGGCCCAUUGCUGGGAACCCCAACGAAGUGCUCAG